GAAACUGCGCAUGCGCAGCCUUAGUGUCAGCUGCACUUCCUUUUUCACCGCCCUCUCCGCAUGCGCAGUAUCUCUCUCCGGCACCCGGCCCUCUCUUGGAAGUACAGCUGCUAGUGGUGGUGGCGUUGGCAGCGGCGCCGGUGGCUCCAGCGGCUAUUUCAUCCGGGUCUCCAGGGCUCCCGUGAGUGUUCGCGCCGUCCAGAACUCCCUUUUUCUUCGCCUUCCUUGGCCCCUCACCGCUCCAGGUGGAGGCUGCUCCGGUGGCUCCGCGAGGAGGUUGUCUUUGCCCAGGCAAGGCUCCGGGAAGUCUGGGCCGGCUGGAGACCUUUGUCCGCCGCGGCCCCGAGCUCGGGUCCGAGAUUCUGGAGCUGACAGCGAGAUUUCCGGACGUGCCCCGUCACGUUUACCCUUCACUGUGCCGACCCCACGGGAGGAGGGAGCGAGCGAGGGAGCAGGACCGGGGGAUCCAGGCCAGCCCCCCACGUCUCGGCACCGUGCGACCUCCGGCGAGACACUUAACCCCGCGUUGUUCUGGAUAUUCUGCAGAAGAUGCCAAACGAGACUACUCAACACUCAAGUCAAACUCAAGAAAAAGAUUAUUUAAGUAGCCAGUUUUUCAGUAAUGCUGAAGAAAGAGCCUUUGAUUCAGAAAAUGGUGGAGCUGUUGAUAAAAUGGAAGAAAGUCUCACCUCUUCUCCUUGUAAUAAUAGGCCAUCCACUUCUUCAGUGGUUGGUAUGUUUGAAGUCCCAAGGAAAGGACAGUCAGUAUUGCAUAUAAACAGGCAGCAAAUUCAGUCUGUGGAGCAUAGUGCUCAAGCAGUUGAACUAAAAGGUUUGGGAGUUGAUGUCUAUGACCAAGAUGUGUUAGAGCAAGGAGUACUUCGACAGGUAGAUAAUGCAAUUAAUGAAGCUAACAGGGCUGCUCAACUAGCUGAAGCAGAAAAAGAAUACCAUUCAGUUCUGGAUGAUCUCAGGUCAUGUACAACAUCACUAAAGCAGAUUAAUACAAUUAUUGAGCAUCUUAGUCCUCAAGCUGUCAACAACAAAGAUGUCAACAGAAAACUAGAUUCUGUAAAGCGACAGAAAGAUAACAAGGAAAAACAAUUAAAGAAAAUUAAAGCCAAACAGAGACGUCUUCAAGCCAUCAUUGGUGGGACAGAGAGAGAUACUGAAGUAAAUCUUGUGGAUUUGGAAGAUGAAGAGCCUGGGCCCUCAUCUCUUGGGAGUAUGCUUAUGCCAGUUCAGGAAACUGAAUGGGAAGAGCUCAUUCGAACUGGCCAGAUGACUCCUUUUGGCACCCAAAUCCCUCAGAAUCAAGAGAAAAAGCCUCGAAAAUUAAUGCUUAAUGAAGCAUCAGGUUUUGAAAAAUAUUUGGCAGAUCAGGCAAAAUUAUCAUUUGAAAGGAAGAAGGUUUCCCUUCAGAAAAAAAAGAAGAAAAUUCAGGCUUCAUUUGAUUCAGAUAUGAUCUCAACUUCAGAUAAAAAAGAAAAGAGCAAGACUAGUGGGAAACAGAUGAAAACAGAUAAACGUUUAAACAAACAUAUUAAGAAACUUCAAAGGAGGGCUGUUCAGUUCAAAAGUAAAGUAGAAUUUCUAAAGGAAAAGAAAGCAUUGGAACCAAAGAAGCCUAAGUAUGAGAAAGGAGAUGAAAGUGAAGAGUCAGAGUAUGUACCCGAGGAUGAUGACCUUCUCUGCUCUGAGGAGGAGGAAGAGGAAGAGUUGGCUCUCUGUGCUACAAACACAGGUGAUCAUAAGCUUAAAGUUUUAUCCAAACAUAAGAAGAAGCAGAAUAAAAUUCCAACAGAAGAAAUUGAUGAGGACUAUCUUCCCAGUUCUGAAGAAGAAGAAGAAUCCAUGGGAAGAAAUGGUAAAAUCAAGAGAAGCCGGGAUGAUGGAGAUGAAGAUUAUUAUAAACAACGGUUAAGGAGGUGGAAUAAACAGAGAUUGGAGGACAAAGAGCAACGUAGAAAGGCUGAAGAAGAAUCUGAGGAAAGCGAUGCUGAAUUUGAUGAAGGUUUUAAAGUGCCAGGUUUUUUGUUCAAAAAGCUUUUUAAGUACCAGCAGACAGGUGUUAGGUGGCUGUGGGAAUUGCACUGCCAGCAGGCAGGAGGAAUUCUGGGAGAUGAGAUGGGAUUGGGCAAGACCAUCCAGAUAAUUGCCUUCUUGGCAGGUUUGAGCUACAGCAAGAUCAGGACUCGUGGUUCAAAUUACAGAUUUGAGGGAUUGGGUCCAACUGUAAUUGUGUGUCCAACAACAGUAAUGCAUCAGUGGGUUAGAGAAUUUCAUACUUGGUGGCCUCCUUUUAGAGUUGCAAUUUUACAUGAAACUGGAUCAUAUACAAACAAAAAGGUAAAACUCAUUCAAGAAAUUGCAAGAUGUCAUGGAAUUUUGAUCACUUCAUAUUCCUACAUUCGAUUGAUGCAAGAUAAUAUUAACAAUCAUGACUGGCAUUAUGUAAUCUUGGAUGAGGGACACAAAAUCCGAAACCCAAAUGCUGCAGUUACACUUGCUUGCAAACAGUUCCGUACUCCCCAUCGGAUUAUCUUGUCGGGUUCUCCUAUGCAAAAUAACCUCAAAGAACUAUGGUCUCUCUUUGACUUUGUCUUUCCUGGGAAAUUGGGAACAUUGCCAGUGUUCAUGGAACAAUUUUCAGUUCCAAUUACCAUGGGAGGGUAUUCAAAUGCUUCUCCUGUACAGGUGAAAACUGCUUAUAAAUGUGCGUGUGUUUUACGAGAUACCAUAAACCCAUACCUACUGCGUCGAAUGAAGUCAGAUGUAAAAAUGAGCCUUUCAUUGCCAGAUAAAAAUGAACAGGUCUUAUUUUGCCGCUUAACAGAUGAGCAACGUAAAGUAUAUCAAAACUUCAUAGAUUCCAAAGAAGUCUACAGGAUUCUUAAUGGAGAAAUGCAGGUUUUUUCAGGGCUUGUAGCAUUACGAAAAAUAUGCAACCACCCUGAUCUCUUCUCUGGGGGUCCCAAAAUUAUUAAAGGUAUUCCAGAUGAUGAAUUAGAGGAAGCUGACCAGUUCGGCUACUGGAAGCGCUCGGGAAAAAUGAUAGUGGUUGAAUCUUUAUUAAAAAUAUGGCACAAGCAGGGACAUCGAGUGUUGUUAUUCUCUCAGUCAAGGCAGAUGUUACAUCUACUUGAAGUGUUUCUUAGAACACGAGAUUAUUCCUACCUGAAGAUGGAUGGUACUACUACAAUAGCUUCAAGACAGCCACUUAUUACAAGAUACAAUGAGGAUACUUCCAUAUUUGUAUUUCUUCUUACUACUCGUGUGGGUGGUAUAGGAGUCAACUUGACAGGAGCCAACAGAGUCAUUAUCUAUGAUCCUGACUGGAAUCCCAGCACAGACACACAGGCUCGAGAGCGUGCUUGGAGAAUAGGUCAGAAGAAACAAGUGACUGUUUAUCGGCUCCUCACUGCAGGUACCAUUGAAGAAAAGAUCUAUCACAGACAAAUCUUCAAGCAGUUUUUAACAAACAGAAUAUUAAAAGACCCCAAACAAAGACGAUUUUUCAAGUCCAAUGAUCUUUAUGAGCUGUUUACUCUCAGUAGUCCAGAUGAAUCUCAAAGCACUGAAACUAGUGCUAUUUUUGCAGGAACUGGUUCAGAUGUUCAAGCACCUAAACAUCAUUUGAAAAGAAAAUUUCAAAGCUCCUCUCCCGUUGCUGACAAAGAAAGUGUUCACCAAGCAGAUGUUUUUCCAGAAUGCAGCACAUCAUUUGAUGCCAACAUUUCCAAAGCCAUUUCUGGUUCAGUUCAAGAACAAGAUAAAGCUGAAGAAACAGGUGUAAAUUUAGGAACUUUUAACCAGAGCAGCCUUUCAAUGGAGAGUGUUGAAGCUGAUCUUAUAGAAGAUAAAUGUGUACACACAAAUACAUUUUCCAUCACAGAUGAACAAUCAAAGAAUAUAAUGAUUUUAGGAAAUGGAGAAAAUUUAAAUUCUUCAUGUAUUGCUGAAAACUUCAGGAUAGCUGGCGGUGAAGAUUUAGAUGAAAAACAAGACCUUCUUUGUAAGAAAGGAAGCUUAAAGGCCAGGCUAGAUCCUGGCCUUGAGAGCAAGCAAACCAAGAACCAGUUUUGUAAACACAAAGCCAAAACAAAGCAUCAUCUGGAGGAAGGAAAGGAUACUUUAAAGCAUAAAGGGCAGAAACAGAAUGUUAAGACAUCUAAACAUUCCAAAGAUGCUAGGUUUGAAGGAACACGCAUCCCCCACUUGGUAAAACAAAAACGAUACCAGAGGCAUGAUGAUGAGAAAGAGGAAAAUGAACAAAAAAAUGAUGAUUACGUCCUGGAAAAACUUUUCAAAAGAUCAGGAGGAGUUCACAGCGUCAUGAAACAUGAUGCUAUAAUGGAAGCUUCUAGUCCGGAUUAUGUAUUAGUGGAAGCAGAGGCAAAUCGAGUAGCCCAGGAUGCAUUGAAAGCACUGAAGAUGUCUCGUCAGCGGUGUUUGGGUGCUGUCUCUGGUGUGCCAACAUGGACAGGCAGUAAUGGUCUGUCAGGUGCACCAGGUGGAGGAAAGAGUAGAUUUGGGCAGAAAAGGAAUCCUAACUUGCCUGCUUCACAGCCUUUUUCAAAGUCUACUAAAGAGAAGUGCCAGGAUGCUGAUCUAAAAAAAGAUGAAAAAAAUGCCACCCAAACACAUUUUAGUGGGAAAAUAGAAGGUGGAGAAUCUUCAUCUGGUGCUUUAGCUUCAUCAUCAUUGUUAGCUAAAAUGAGAACUAGAAACCAUCUUAUCUUGCCACAGAGAAUUGAAAAUGAAAAUGUGAACCUUCAGCAGGCUUCUGCUUCAUUACUCACUGCAACAGAACAUGAUGAUCUUUUGGUAGAAAUGAGGAAUUUCAUAGCUUUCCAGGCCCGCAUUGAUGGACAGGCAAGCACCCAAGAGAUACUGCAAGAGUUUGAAUCCAAGUUAUCCACAUCACAAUCUUGUGUAUUUAGAGAACUGCUGAGAAAUCUCUGCACAUUUCAUCGAGGUUUGAAUGGUGAAGGUGUCUGGAAGCUAAAGCCUGAGUUCUGCUGAUUAAGACUUUUAAUGAAUCUUUUAUCAUUGAAAUUUGUGGAUGAGUCUUAUUUAACAUGUAUAUUAUAUAGAAUUUGAGAAAAUAAUGUAAAUACAGACUGUUUUAUAUUUACUUUAUACUGAAUCUACCUCAUAAUUGCGGCUUUAAGAAGAAAUUCUCAUUCAUUUCUGAAACUGAUAUGAUGCUGACUGAAAGCGAAUGUGUGCAUAACAAUUGUUCCGUUUUUAUUUUUAGUUGCAAUAAGAACCAUGUAGCAAAGAGGCAGUGGGGCAUAAGCUAAAUCAGGAAAAACUGGGGUCACCUCCUGCCUUUGGCCUCUCUUCAGUGUCAGACCCAGGGUCAGUCACUUAACUUCCAUAUUCCUCAGGCAACUAUUUUUCUAGCACUUCUGGAUGACGUUAAAUUGAGAUCUACUGAAGUAAACUGGUAUUUUUAUACCUGGAUCUGACACAGAUUGUGUGCAUAUUUGGUAAGAUCCAUGGAUAUUUUCAGGGACCUAACACUUAUUUCUUGAAGUUCCUUUGUUGUGUACAUUUUGUGAGCAUUUAUGAAAAAAUAUCAGGGAAAACAUUAUUAUAAAACUCAUGAAGUAGAAUCUUAGGAAUAUUAGAUUAUUUUUAUUGGUCCAAAAUGUUUUAUCAUAUUUGAUCAGUAUUAUUUCACAAAUCAAGUUGUUAAUAUAUAUGAUAAUAAUAUUAUUUGGAUGCUCUAUUUUAAAGUGUUUUUCAAAUUUACUAUCAAGAAAAGUAAAUUUCUCUCCAAAGCAUUUUAAAUCACUUUAUUAAUGGUCUUGUGAAUUGCUACUAAUAUUUUUCCUUAGAUUGUGUAGUAUUUUCAAUACUACAGAAUGAAAGCUAUAAAUAAUACAUUUUCAACUUUACAAAGAGCUAGAAGAAAGUUACCAAAACUGCAUUUAUGAUGCAUUUACUUCAAAUGUGGAGAUUACCCAGGGGCUCUUUGAAAACAGAAUUGGAAAAUUUAAACCUUCAGUGGUAGGCCAGGGUUUAGGUAAAUCUCUAGUCUUUACGUGGAAUAUUUCUAUUUAAAAAAAAAAUAUUCAGGUAGAUAUAAUUGUGGAUUCCCCCCAUUUCCCCCAAACUUUCACAUACAUGCAGAUUGCCUUUUUAGGCCCAUUGUGGUCAUUGGUUUUUGAAGACUUUGCGCCUUGUGUCCAAUUGUUAUUAUUCCUGUUUUGUGUAAAAUCUAAUCUUAUAGUGAACCUGAGAGAAGCUGUAGUCUUCUUUAAUCAGAAAUACUGUCAAGCAUUUCUUGAUGAUGAUGUUUACCAUCUACUGGGAGAUAAAGUUCUUGUCUUUCUUCUGCUACUGCUCUACUGUGACUUUGGGCAAGUUGCUAAACUGUCUUUUCCACAGUUUGGCUAUCUGUAGCAUGGCAAUAAUGUCUCAUAAAUUAAAGGGCUAAUGGUGAAGGGUGCUAAAUAUAUAAUUGUUGGUAUCAUUUAAUAAUAGAAAGUAUAUGCUUUGGUGAAAUUUCUUCACUUUUCUUUCUGCUUUUGAAAAUCCAGUAAUGAAAUGUAUAUAGAUUUUAUAUAGCUUAUAUAGUUUUCUGACAUGUAUUUUUUAUUCACUUAUUCUAUGAAGCAUGUUCAGUAAUGGUGUUCAAAUAAUUCACUUUCCUAAUCUUGACCUUGUAGCUAAUCAUUUCAAUUUGACACAGUCCUGUACUCUCAAAUCCUUUCCCCAAUUGCUUCUUAUGUCUUGAAACACAAACCCUGGAUUUAUUACUACCUUUAGGCUUUUGUUCACAUAUCAGAGGAAAUCUUGCAUAUAGACCAGAUCUACUACAUAUUUGUAUUAUCCAUCUCAACUUGACCCUCAUGGACCCAAGGCAAUCCUUUUACUCUUCCUUAAUUGACUCCCUAUUGCGUUAUCUAUAGCAGCUCUUUUAAACCUUUUCUUUCUUCAGGUCUUUCACAUCAUUUUUUUCCUUCCACUUCUUACCUUGCUGAGAAAACAGACAGUUUUCCUUGAGCUCCUCCUCACUUACUCUCACAAUUCUUUGGCACAUCUCCUCCAUCCUCUCCUUUUAUUUGCUCUGUGAUGAUGUCCAAACCCUCCACUUGUAACCUGGAUUUCCUUCUCCCCCAUCUUCUCCACAGAUUGCCCUUAUAGACACCAUCUCUUUCUAAUCUCAUUAGAUUUAGAGCUGGAGGAGAUAAUAAGGCCGUAUAGACCAACCUCAGAAUUUGACAGGAACCCAAAGAUUUGAUGUGACUCUCUUAAGGCUACACAGAUGGUUAAUUGACAGAGGCAGCAUUUGAACCUAGAUCAUUUCAUUCCAAAGACAGUGCUUUUUCCAUUGUGUUAUAUUAUGCAAUGCUAUUAAUCUCUCCCUAUCUACUGGCCCCUUUCCUGCCACCUACAAACACAUCCAGGGCUUCGCGUAUCCUAAGAAAUCCCUAUGUGUUCCUUAGUCUACCGUCCUUUGUAUCUUCUUCCUCUCCUAAAGCUUAGUAAAGGUCAUCUUUCCUUCUUGUUUCACUCCCUCACUCACUUAAGGACUCUUUGCAGUCUGCCUUCUGAUUUCAUUACUCAGCUAAAAUUGUUCUCUCCUGGCUUACUGAUAGUCCUUCCUUAGUCGUCUUCCUUUCAAGCUGUCCGUGUUUUAAUCUAUUGACCAUUCCCUCCCACUGUAUUCUCUUUUCUCUCUUCUACCUUUCUCAUCUUUCUUAGUCCCAUAUGUGAGUCAUCAUCAUCCAUUUUACACACCUUCAAUCUGAAGGCAACCCCCCAAGACUUUCCUGGGCAUUUCUUAUCUUUUGGUGAUCUCGACAUGUUUCAAACAAGUCAUCGUCUUUCUGCCAAAGCUGACCUCUCUCUGACUUGCCUGUUUCUGUUGAGGCCUAACCAUUCUUCUGGUCACCCAGCUUCUCAACCUCAGAGUCAUUCUUAACGCCUCCCUCUCCCUCACCCUCACCCAGUGUAGCCAGUGAGUUGCCAAAUUCUAUUGAUUAUUCUCCUCAAUGUCUUUUACAUCCAUCCUCUUCUUUUCUCUCACAGGGCCAGAACCCUGAUUUGGACCUUGAACACUUCUUGCCUAGAUUACUACAGUAAUCUCCCAUUUGGUCUCCCUGCUUGAAGUCUGUCCCCAUUCCAGUCCAUCUUCAUAGCUGCUAAAGAGAUAAUCCUAAAACACAGGUCAAUUCCCUGAUCAGAAUGCUCUGGUGGCUCCCUAUUGCCUCCAUGAUCACAUACAGACUCCUCUGUGGAACUUCAAGCCCUUUACAACCCGGGCUUCAGCCUACCUUUCUCUACUUCCUGCACAUAAUUUACCUUUGCAUAGUCUGCUGUCCACCUAAAUACUUCCUUGCUCUUCUUCCCAUGAGAUAUCCCAUCCCAUGUCUCUGUUUUUGCACCAACUGUCAUCUGUCUUGAAUGCCUUGUCUCGUCAUCUCAGCCUCUUAGCACUGCCUCCUUCCUAAAGGAGGCCUCUCUCCACUGAGCCUCCCUGCUGCUAGCAACUCUCCCCUGAAAUUAGCUUGUAUUUAUGUUAUGUAUAUUUUGUACUUGCUUAUCAAUAUAUAUGCUAUUUCGCCCUUAGAAUAGAAGUUCCUUGAGGGAAGAGACUUUUUUUUUAGUGGUCUAGGGCUCUAGCAUGGUGUCUAGUAUAUAUAAUUAGGUCUUUAAUAAACACUUAUUAACUUCUUGGGAACAUACCUAUGAAGAUAUUCCUUUAUUUCAUAAUACCUUAAAGCCAUUAAUAUAUAUUUUCCAAUUCUAGAUCCAAAGGAGUUAUUUUAAAACUGUGUUGUGAGGGACAGGUAGGUAGAUCAGUGGAUUAAGAGCCAGGCCUAGAGAUGGGAGAUUGUGGGUUCAAAUAUGGCCUCAGAUACUUCCUACCUGUGUGACCCUGGGCAAGUCUCAAUCCCAGUUGCCUAGCCCUUACCUUUCUUUUGCUUUGGAACCAACACACAGUAUUGAUUCUAAGAUGGAAGGCAAGGGUUAAACAACAACAACAAAAAGACUACUAUUGUAGAACAUCUAGGUAGCACAGGGCUGGAGUCAGGAGCUAGGAAAAAAGAUAGGAUCAAGUUAUUUGGGCAAGUCACUUAGCUCCUCUUGCCUAGCCCUUGCUGCUCUUCUCUCUUAAAACUGAUAUUAAGACAAAGGUAAGGGUUUUUUAAAAAAACAGACUAGGUUGUUUUCUUUGUUGUUGUUUUUUAACUCAAGUAGGGACUUAUUUUCUACUUUUGUAUUUUUUUUCCCAAGUUUUUCUCAUACUAUGCAGCUUCCCCCUCUCCUCCCAACUAUGCAGCUUUUUCUAUGAAAUCAAUAGAAAUUUAAGAGGGGAGGGAAAAUGCAAAUCAAGAAAUCCAAUUUGUGGUACAUUCAGUAUUGUAAUGGAGUAAGUUGAUGGGAGCUGAAUGUUUAUAAAAUUAGUCUAGAAGUACAGGAAUGUGUUUUAAGUCUUAAAAUAAUUGUUCAGAUUUAAUUCUUUCAGAAUUAAAUUUUAUACAGAAGUCAAAGAUGUACAUUUUGCUAAUGAAUGCUAAUGGGAUAUGACCUUAAAAUUGUACUUCAAGAUUGUCCUCUCUGAUUAGAUGUAAACAGUCUCCAAUUUCUAUAUUGAUGCAUGUGUACUAAAAGACAUUUCUGGUGUUUUCUUUUUUGACGAUUAAUAGUUUUCAGUACAUCAUUUAAAUUAUUGGUCCUUCAUAAUCUUUUAUACUUCUGGCAAACCGCAAGAUGGAGAUGGGCUCAUUUAGCUCAGCUACUGGUUAUUUAGCUUUUCCACGCUGUUAAGCAGUGAGGGUCUUUCAUAGAACAAUUCCCAUCCCAAACUGGCCAGUAGGAGAAACAUCGCAAGGUUCUCAGUCUGAUUCAGUUAACAUAUUUUAAGCACUUACUCUGUCUUAUGCAUGGAGAAUACAGAAAUAAUAAGACAAAGGCCCUGUACUCAGAGAGCUUAAAAUGUGACAGCAUUCACAUAAAGGAAUGAUAUAUAGAAAGAUUGUUCUAACAACAUUAAGGAUUGGCUAAUGAACUCGCCAUAACAGAUGAAAUCCCUCAUGGAAAGGAAUAGCACUUACUACAUCUCUAAAACCAACAUAUAUCCAUAUUCCAAGGUGCCAGUCAUUUACAUUAAAUUCAGACUUCUGUGUGGAAGAUAUAUUGCUGUGCAUGUUUUAUGACUAAACGCUAAACCCAUUAGUUUUACAGAUUGUUCUUUUGUUUAUGUUGCUGAUUUCAAGAGAUAGAGAAUAAAAUUCUUUAUUCAUGGA